CGACAAGUGUAUAGUACACUGUUCUCUCCCACUACUGCACGCCGACCGCGCGCGAGCGCCACGAGUUGGUGGGGCGGCCGUUUAAAAGCACCGGCGAGCCGAGACUCGACAUAUUUCGAGCGACUGCUGCUAAGAGAGAAAGAGAGAGUAUACGAGAUAUACAAGUAUAUAUAUACGUACGCACGUCGAUUCUCGCAGUCGAUUCUAGCGUGUCAGUGUCCCUGCCAGUGCAGUUGUGUAUUGUUCGGUAGACAGCCGUAGGAGUUUUGCGUCAGCCUUGCGCAGAGCAGCCUUUCCGCCGCAGCCAGCCAAGUGUACAGUGUGUGCCAGACUGAGUAUAUAGCGUCGCUGGCGCGCAGGCGAACUCGAGCAACGUUGCGUAAGCGGGCCUCGAAUUCCCCGAGAGAGAUACAUCGAGAGGCGGGAAGAGGCCAGAAAUCAAAGCAGUUCAGAGUCGGCUGCAACGGCAGACACAUCCAAGAGUGAUCCACGCGAAGGAAGUUAUGACGUGCGAGGAACUCUGCAAAGUCUUGCGACCACCAAUGGCUACCACUAUAACCGAAAGUUUCAGCAGCAAGAGCAGCGACAACGUCUGGACGGAGAAACGCCGCCGGCGUCGCGCUUCACCCCAGCAGCGACGUCUGAAGCUCAAACCGGACCCCGAGCGACUAGAAGUGAGCGGCAUAAUGCCGACCCUCCAAGCCCUCGCCGGAUUCAGCUCGGACCCGGAGGUGUACAGCCGCGGCGUCUGCUUGAUGCCGCAGGAGGAGAACGUCGACGCCGCCAGUCACCUGCAGACGACCCUACUCGAGGCCUACUGCCGCGAGAUCGGCCUGAGGAUAAUCAGACUGCCCGAGCGCGUACUUCGGCAGACCUUCGGCCGGGAGCACCGGGACCUCAGCUGUCUCCUCCUCCUCGGCGGCAAGGACGACUACUUCCUCGAGUCGCCCGAGUGAUGCCAACUGACCGGAACGACCUUGAAUUGAAGAAAAAUUAAAACGCCGAUGACGUCUGUCAAUGUUACGUUGCUCACCCAGACCUGCGAUGGUGUAUUGUCCACACCGCCAGGCAGAGGGGGAGGUGGAGGUCCAUCACUCGAGAUUAAGAGGAGAUGGACACUUUUGUAAAUAAAGGCAGCUCGCUGCGCGGUGGUGCCGACAGAUCGAUCACCGCCGACAGCAAGCAGCGGGCCGAGCCCAUCGCACGCGCGGCGGACUCUUACUCUCUCUCUCUCUCUCUCUCUCUCUCUCUCUCUCUCUCUCUCUCUCUCUCUCUCUCUCUCUCUCUAUCCCUCUCUCGGGAUCGAUAGCUCGAGAGGCCGCUUCACGCACACACACGCGCGCGCGCGCGUCAAAUCCUCGACCGAUGCGCGGAGGCAGGGAUUUGGAGAGUCGGAUCGAGGAUACACUCUCGCGUGUCGCGCGUAUUUUCGAGGAAACUUCAGAUGGAGAGAGAGAGAGAGAAAGAGCCUGCGGAUCUGUGUCGCCAGGUGGAAGCGUGGUGCGGAAAAAGAGCAAGUGGAGACGGAAGAGGACGAAAUCAAGCUACUUGCUGACGAUCGACUUGGGCAUAUGUAUCUGCGCGAAUAUCCGUAACGAUGUAUAUUGAUUUUAUACUGAUGUGACAACAUUUAUAAGUGUACCUUCUGUGUUAUCAAAGAGGAGAUGCUAAUUGAUGUAUAGAGCGCCGUUACGCUGAUUGCGCUUAUCAUUAAAAUUAAUUGCAUUACGAUUCUGUGUAACUCGAUCUUCUCUCUGUGUAUACCUAACAUGCUAAUUCCAGUAAUUGAAUAAAAACUUGUGCACAAUGCUGUGAAACGAUCACGAGUAAACAGAUA